AGUUGGCUUGAGUCAGCCCCUCGCAUAUUUGACACGUACGGAAGUUCACACGAAGAGAACCGCACCUUUCGCACCUACGACGUGACCAUGUCGUCCGAGCCGCCAAGCGAGCCUCCAGCCAAGCGAGCAAGGGUGGAGCCAGAUUUGAAAAUCCUGGUGGAUGAUGGUGAGGUUGAAGUACAUUCCCUCAUUCUGGAGCUUGCUUCACCUGUCUUUGCCAAAAUGUUGAGCAGUGCUAUGAAGGAGGGCACUGGGACAUCAAUCCAACUACCAGGAAAGAGAAAAAGUGAGCUGGAAAAGUUCUACAAAGCACUACAGCUGUACACCAUGGAACCCUUGACCCAGGAGAGCGCUAUGUUUCUUACCCAAUGGGCUGACGAAUAUCAGAUUGAUGCCUUGAAGGAAAAGUGCGAGGAUUUUCUGGUCGCAAAGGUGCCAGUGGAUGGUGUUGGCUUGCAGCAUGCAGUGAAGUAUGGCUUGCAGAGAAGGACCAGGCAGUGCUUAGAUAUUAUGAAAGAGAAGCUGGAAGACCAUGUGCAUCAUUUGCAGGUCUUGACUACAAGGGAGUGCCAGGAGCAUUUGACGCAGUUGUGGCCACUCAUUCUUCAAAAAGCUGGCGUCAAAUUCUUUCCUUUACCCCCUCCUGCCCAUUUGGAAAGCAUGUGGCCAUUCUUGGCCCAAGCAGUCGUUUCAUGGCCCAAGGCAUGUCGAUUGCAGACGCUCGAAGCUGACCUGGCCACAUGGCCUAACAAGCUGCGGAACUUUCUGCCCAUGACGAAUAGCGUGCAUGAAAGAGCCAAGGGCUGGGUGCUCGAGAAGCUCCGCACGCAUGGGAUCAACGGGUGAUUUGCACCAGGCUUUGCUGCUCAAAAGAGACGCGCACGAAGACGCGAUGUGCGACUCGAAGCGCGAACCGGGAUUCCGUUCGGUUGAUCGAUGUAUGUGGUGUUUGUGUGAGACUGUGAACUCACUCCACUACCAAAGCUACUGGGUACUUCACCAAACGCGUCGCUUCGUUGGUCGUCUCGGUGUCGUUGGGGGUGUCUUGGGGUUCGCGAAGCGAGCGCGUGACACCGUGGUGUGGACGAACGGGGUUCUCCGCUCCCCCUUGUGCGAGUCGGUUGGAGAAAGAUCCAAAGUUUGCCUAGAGAACGGUUGGAAAACACUUGAAUCGGUUCUAUAGUAACAAUGUUCGCUACGAACGGGGCUCCUAGCAUCGCUACGAACGGAGCGAUCGGACGC